AUGGAGAAGUUGGCCAAAUUUGGUAAGAAGUUGAAGCAAAUGAUGAGGUUCUUCACCAAGAGCUGUGAGCAGAAGGAUGCAGUUAGCACGUCGUUGUCGUUGUCGUCGUCCUCACCACCUCGAGCUGUUCAUUGCGAGGAGUUGUUCGUGUCGAGAAGAGGGAAAUCUAGAAAUGAUGGAGGAGAUGAUCAUGAUCCAUUUCUAGCUGCUCUUGUUGCAGCUCAGAAUCACUUCAGUCUUAGACCAAACAUUUACAUCUGA